AUGUUUUAUUAGUCUUGUUCUUUCAUUUUAAUAGCAUAUUUAGCACAUGAAGCAUAGUCAAAAAGUUCAUUAAUAUGGCUACGUCCAGUGUUUGUAGUUGUUUUUGUAAUGUGCGCCCACGAUACAAGCGACUUGUUGAUAUGGUCUUUCCACCAGAUUCAAGCCAUGGUUUAGUGAAGUCUAAUAUGGAGAAAUUAAUUUUUUAUGCUUUAUCUGCUCCAGAAAAACUUGACAGAAUUGGUGACUAUAUGUUUCUUAAAAUGAGUAACUUCCUUUAUAGAAAGAGAAUUGAUUUUGUUUACAUAGCUAUGGAAGCAAUGGAUAAUUUACUUCUUGCAUGCCGCUCUUCCAGUUUAAACUUGUUUGUUGAAAGUUUUCUUAAAAUGGUUUCAAUGCUACUGGAAUCAAAUAUUGUUGGUCUUCAGAUUUGUGCAUCCAGCUCAUUUGUGAAGUUUGCUAAUAUAGAGGAAGACACACCUUCGUACCACAGGCGUUAUGAGUUUUUUAUUUCACGUUUUAGUCAACUCUGCUAUGGUAGCAAUGAAAAUAAAACUACAGAAAGAAGUGUUCGCCUGUCAGGUUUGUAUGGCUUGCAGGGUGUUGUUCGAAAAACAGUCAAUGACGAUUUACAGGCAAAUAUCUGGGAUGCUGCACACAUGAGUAAGAUUGUCCCAGCAUUACUGUAUAAUAUUGAAUUGGACACAGAAGGACUUUUGAGAGAAUCUACGACUGAUGUGGCAUCUCAAUCAAGUACUAAUACAGGACAAAAGGAAGAUCCUGCACAGUUAGCAGAUUUGUGUUUGCGUGAGCUUGUGACAAGAGCUGGAUUCAAUAAUAUUGCUGCAAUUUUAUCUCCAUUACUAACCUUCAUGGAUGACAGAAGUUUGUGGCUGAAGAAUGAAUUUCCAUUGCAUAUAUUUCGACUAGUCAUGUUUUCUAUUCAAAAUCAAUAUUCAUAUCGUGCAAUAGAGAUUCUAUUGUCUCAUCUUGAUAAACAUAAAGGAAGUCAACCAGAAAUGAAAGCAAGCAUUGUAAAAAUGUUGUCGGCUUCUGUAAAAAUUGCUACCAGUGGUUCAAUUGGACCAUCCAUUUUGGAAGUUUUUAAUACCUUACUAAAGCAUUUGAAGAUAUCUAUAGAUAUUAUGUCUACUUCUAAGCCACCAGAUAAUAAAGAAAAACUUCUUCAGAAAGCUAUUAUUACUGCUGCAGGCGCAUUUUCAUCAAUACUUGCCGACUACCAACGAGUUGAUGUCAUGCUGUUUAUAAUUUUAAAAGUGCCAUCACUAAAUAAAACAAGAAACCAUAGUGAAGCUGAACGGGAUAUUGGAAUCACAUCUGAAGAUGGAUCAGAAGAAAUGCUGCAGUUAAGCUUAUUAAAAUGUCUACUUAAGGUUGCAGAAAGUCAUCAAACAAAGCAUUUUACUUCAACAUUUUCUUCCAAAUUUUUGGAUGCAUUGCUUGCUGGUCUGCUACUUAAUAAUGCAGAUGUUCGUGUAUACUAUCAAAUGGUCCUUGUUAGUCUUUUGGAUAGAAAGAAAAAUUCUUCACAUUUAGAGAAAUUAUGUUCCUCAAAUGAAUCAGGUUUGACGUGGCAUAUUGAUAAAUGUUCAAGACAAGAUGCUUCUUUUAUCCACAAAAAUAAUCAAGACUUUUGUUUCCAUAUUUAUGAAAGCUGCUGUUUGGCAAAUAACACAAACACAAAUUUUAAGCUUCUUACCUUUAUUGUUUGUUUGUUGACUCUAGAGUUUGGAGACGAAGAAAUUGUUGAAUUUGUGAGUUUUGUACUGGGGUUGCAGAACCUUAUGUUAUCCUCCAAAACACAGCUAUCUUCGGCUCAGAAAUGUUGUGUCCAUGGUUUAGUCACUGUUUUCUUUAUGCUUAUUUGUGAUAUGACUGCCAUUCCUGCGCUUCAGCACCAUACUCAAAUUGUGAUUGCAAAGCGUAGUGAACAAGCACCAUGCAUUACCCCUUCUGUUGUUUUCUCAAACAAAGAGUUUAGGUCAGAGACCUUAAAUACUUUGGAUGAUUCUUUUUUUUUUGAUCGAGAAACCAUUGUAAAUGCUCUUAAAAACAGUAAAUAUGAAACAAAGAGCAUUGAAUCUCCUUUUGUACUAAAACCAGCUGCAAGAUCAUUGUCUUCUGCGUCACUUCCUGAAAAUUUCCCAAUCGUGAAAACUGAUUCUUUACUAAGUGUUUCAUCAAGUAUUCAUGGGAAUGAUAUACCUGUUCAAAAGAUUACAUAUGAAGAUUUAAAAGAUGCACUACGAGAAAAAUUAGAGAUGCCAAAAGAUGCUGAGGAGUAUGAAAAAAUACAACUGCAUGAUAUUUCUAUGACUAAAGGAAACAAUAGACAAGAAAUAGAGAGCAAACUCAUGAAGACAAUUGAUGUUGCAACUCUAAAUAGCCAACGUUAUGAUCAUUCUGAAAUUCAAAAGAAUCUCUUCGAAAUUGAGUUUCCGUCCAUUUUUAUCUAUUAAUCUCACAGCCAGUUGUCAACUUUGUAAUUGGCAAAGUUUUUUUACAAUGUUAUUGCGUAAUGGUGGUCAUCAGUGGUAUCUAUAUUUUAUAUGGCAUCUUAAAAUUGUAUGCAAAACAAAUUAUAUAGAAUUUUGAAUGUUAGAUCUGACAACGAAUUUCUCAAAAAUAUAAAUUAAAAGUUUUGGAUCUUAGGUCAUCUCAUCGUAGAAACUCAUCGAGUUUCUUAUAACUUUAAGAAUUUCGGGUGUUGAGUUCUUGUAAGUAUUUUAAAAUUAUUGAUUGUGGCGAUAAUUCUUUUUAAAAACUUUAAAUUGUACAAAGCAUUGUGGAAAACUAUCGUCGAGGUGUAAGUACAAAGAAUUUUUUUUACAAUGGUUUUCAUUGGUUGUUACUUUGCUGAUUAGGUUUUACACACAGGUUCGUAGACUUGCUUUUAUGCCAUAUAAAAAUAAAGAAAGCGAUAUAAACUCUAGUCUUUAAACAAUAAAGUGCGCGCGAUAGAGAGUACGCGCUCUCUGAGAGCAUUUAAAGGAUAAAGAGUACGCGCUCUCUGAGAGCAUUUAAAACAAUUCAAGAAAGAAACCUUCUAAAGUUGUAAAUAUCUUGUGAUUAUAUUAAUAAUAGUAUUUUUAUUUA